CUUCAUUUAUUAAUAAUAAUCCAUUCCAAUCCAAUCCAAUCCCAAUAAAACAACAAAUACUGUACGUCUUUCACAAAACAAUCAAUCCUCAAAAAUCAUAGUCAAAAUUCAACAAAUUUAACCCCAUAUCGACAUAUAUAUAUAGAUACAUAAAAAAUGUAUAGUAGUCAAGAAAUAACAAGAGAUAGCUGGGUAAGAGCAGCGGAAUCAACAUGGACACGACACGAGGACAAGCUGUUUGAAGACGCGUUGGUCAUGUUUCCUGAUGACGUCAUCGGACGGUGGCAAAAGAUAGCUGAAAUGGUUCCGGGAAAAACGGCUGAAGAGGUGAGGGCCCAUUAUGAGGUGUUGGUUCAUGAUUUGUUGCAAAUAGAUUCGGGUCAAGUCGAGUUACCGAGUUAUGUGGAUGAUGGGUAUGAUUGUGGUGGUACUACUGGUGAUGAGUUUGUGAGUUGGGAUCGUGAGUUGAGAACGAGUCAGAUUUCUUUUGGCAAAAGUGGGAAAGAGAGAGAUGGAGAACGCAAGAAAGGGACUCCUUGGACGGAAGAAGAACAUAGGUUGUUUUUGAUCGGAUUGCAACGGUAUGGGAAGGGAGACUGGAGGAGCAUAUCGAGGAAUGUGGUGGUGUCACGGACACCUACACAAGUCGCGAGUCAUGCCCAAAAGUAUUUUCUGAGACAGAAUUCGAUGAAAAAGGAAAGGAAGAGAUCGAGUAUACAUGAUAUCACCACCACAACGGAUACCAUGGCAGUGCCACCACCACUACCCGUGUCGAAUUAUCAAGGAAGUGCAACACAAUUGGGAUAUGAACAUCAACAGAACUUUGGAGGGUACGCUAUGUAGAAGACGUAGAAGUACAAAAUUAAGCCCUUGGAUGUGUAUAGAUAUAUAGAUAAUACAUAUACUUAUAUAUAUGUUUAGAAUUAGAAUGAAUUUACCAACCCAAAGGUUUUAUUUUGAGACACUUGAGGAGGCUUAGAUAGUGUUUAGGAGUGCUUGGAAUGUCUAUUCUGAAAGUGAUUUAUUAUGAUUUCACGAGUUUAGGAAUAGAAUCGAAUAAUAAUAUAUAUUGACUAAAUUUGAAAUGGUACAACAUUGAUUACUUUCUUUUCA